CUAUCAAAGAAGAUACCGAAGAAGAACCAUACAGCGAUUAACAUGGCUGAUACAAAGGGAGCAGAUGAAACUACUCCAGGAGUUUUGCAGGAAAUGUUCACGUCUCCGUUGAAUUUGAGUCUGCUUGGCCUCUGCAUAUUUCUUUUGUACAAAAUAUUCCGCGGAGACACGCCUGCAGAUAUGGGCGAGGUUGAGGAACCUCUGCCUAAAUUCAAGAAAAGAGAUUUCACGUUAGCGGAGCUACAACCGUACGAUGGCCUGCAAAAUCCAAGAAUUCUUAUGUCUGUCAAUUCAAAGGUGUUCGAUGUUACCAGAGGAAAGACAUUCUACGGUCCAGAGGGUCCUUAUGGAGUGUUUGCUGGUAAAGAUGCCUCCAGGGGCCUGGCCACCUUCUGUCUGGAGAAGGAGGCCCUGAAAGAGACCUACGACGACCUCUCGGACCUCAACGCCGUGCAACAGGAAAGCCUCAAUGAAUGGGAGACCCAGUUCACUCAAAAGUAUGACUACGUUGGGAAACUUCUGAAACCUGGAGAAGAACCCACAGAGUACACGGAUGACGAGGAGGUCAAGGACAAAAAGAUGGACUAGAACUCACGAGUGCACAAGGGAAAAUACAGAUGCCUUAAUUUUUCAGGAUAAUGUUAUGCAUAUUGCCUUGCGUUGCAGCCAUUGAGCGAAAUGCUUUCUCCUGUAUGGUUUUUGUAUUAUGUCAUUGUCGUGGACCACCACUUAUGCUAAUUUCAUAUGCCAUUGACCUUCAUUAACCUAAAAUACACUUGAUUUUGGGUAAGGUUAGAAUAACUAUUGAAUACUGUACUGUCUUUGAAGUUAUACAGGUAGUAUUAGUUGUAAUGUAGAGGCUGUUGGAGGAUCUAUUACUGUAGCUCAGUGUUCAUUUUGGCUCUCCUCCUAGAUGGUCAUUUUGACUAAAAUAUUGUCUUAGUCACGUUUUUGUCAUUUGUAUAAUCAUUAAGUCUAGUUAUUGUCACUUAUAGAAACAGUUGGCCAUUUUAGUCAACUAAAUGCUCUGUUUUAGUCACAUCACAUUUGUAUUGCCUCAACCUAUAGUAAACAUAAAUAACUGACUUCCAUGUGUACCAAUCUAUCAUUUUCCUACCAACAUAUUUUUCUGCAUAACAUAUUCCCAACAGCAAAAAUAUGACUAACAUAUGUAACAGUUUCUGGGUGUGUAAAUUCCUAAUUGAGCCUACAUGAUAUUGAGCAUUGCAUGCAAAACAGACACACACACACACAAGCGCAGAGAGAGUGUGUAACACGAUCACCAGAUGAUGCAGCAAAGUAAUAUGGGUUGGUUGCUCUGCCACUCUGUUGUGUCAUUUCCGUUAUCAACGUUCCACUGCCACAUUGAUGUCCAAAUGUAGAAUGGGCUAAUGACUAUUUCACCCAGUGAUAUAGUCAAGUCACUCAACCUCAAGUUCGGAUCGAGUCCGACUCACCAGUGGUCGAGUCCUGGUCCAAGUGUUCAAGUUUGAGUCACUGGGUCCACAUUAACUCAACGUUAUUUACCCAAUCAGAUAUAUAGUGUAGUGGCAAGAUGAAUUUAGUCAACUUGUUUGCUACUCAUUUACCAUUAUUUUUGUGCCAUCGAAUGUUUAGUAGUGUUACCAGGGCCACUUUCAUUUUCAAAAAAUUAUAGAAUGUUACAAAUAGAAAUUCCAUUAGUCAACGUUAUUUCUUAUUCAGCAUGUCAGAGGCAUUUUUGUUCUACGUAGCCUAUUUUUAUCUGAAUGUUGACCUGCUGGACACGCCCUAGUUCGUUGGCUAUAACUAGGUAUUGAAGUAACAUCACUGAAGGUGUAGCCUUAACAAAUGGUUAAAGGUCUGGUCUGCAAGUAGCCUAGUUUUAAGAACGGCCGCUUUGGUUUAAUGAAUGUAAAAUGCCAAUAAACAAUAGAAAAACGUUG